CCUAGGAAGGAGGUGAUGGCAAACAAUUGAACAAAACUGAACAGAAACCCCUGACAAGAAAACUGCAGGAAUUUGUCCAGGCAACUCAGAGAAUGAUUGUAUCCUGUAUCUAUAGGGACUCCUCUUGUUAAACACUGCUUAUGACCAUGUACUUGCAGUCUGUAAUCAUCCAUUCUAAGAAAAAUUGCAGCACUAUAAUUUUGAGAGCAGCCUGUUUAGUGGAGGAGGCCAUAAGUUCUAGAUCCACCUUAGGCAUGAAGCUAGUCACUCUCUCUCAGCCCUAGGAUCGAGAACCACAGAUGAAAUUUUGCCCAAAAACCCCUGCAGGGACAACUGCAAUUGCCAGGAGUCAAAAACUGAAUAAAAAAUCUUUAUACUACAGUUGAUUUUUUUCCAGUAAGAAAAAUUAACAACAAAUGAUGGGAAAUCCAGAAACUAUAACAGAAGCCUAUGUGGCUGUCAUUCGUCCAAAAAAUACUGCAAGCCUCAAUUCUCGUGAAUAUCGUGCUAAAUCCUAUGAGAUUUUGUUACUUGAGGUUCCCAUUGAAGGACAUAAGAAAAAGAGAAGGAAAAUGUUAUUAGAAACUAAGAUUCAGGAAGGCAGUGAUAUAACCCAAAGCAUCCUGGAUUAUAUACUAGAAACCACCAAACCAAUUUCACCAGGAAACCAAGGGAUUAAAGGAAAAAGAGUUCUGCUAAUGAAGACAUUUCCUCUUGGUGAAGACACAGGCAAGGAUGCAUCUCUUUUCGUUGUACCCACAGUUGUCAAAGAUAAUACAAAAUAUAUUUACAGUCCUGGAUGCCCAGUUUUCUACUGUUUACAAGACAUCAUGAGAGUCUGCAGUGAAUCAAGUUCUCAUUUUGCUACAAUUACAGCUAGAAUGUUACUUUUCUUAGAUAAAUGGUUAGAAGAACGGCAUUCGCAAUCGCAUUCAAUCCCAGCUUUAUUCAGACCAUCUCCUUUAGAGCGAAUUAAAACAAAUGUUACAAACCCUGCCUAUGCUGUUGAACCCGGACAGAGUGAGAGUUCCCUUCACAUGGGAUACACUGCGUUGGAAAUCAAGAGCAAAAUGCUUGCGCUAGAGAAGGCGGACUUGUGUAUUUACAAUCCUUUAUUUGGAUCUGAUCUUCAAUACACCAACAGAGUGGACAAAGUGGUUAUAAAUCCGUAUUUUGGACUUGGAGCUCCAGAUUAUUCAAAAAUACAGAUUCCAAAACGGGAAAAGUGGCAGCGCAGCAUGAGCAGCGUGAUGGAAGACAAGGAACGUCAGUGGGUUGAUGAUUUUCCUCUUCAUCGCAGUGCUUGUGAAGGUGAUACUGAAUUACUGAGUCAACUUUUGGAUGAAAACUUCUCAGUAAAUCAGUUGGAUAGUGAUCACUGGGCACCUAUCCAUUAUGCAUGCUGGUAUGGAAAAGUAGAAGCAACACGAAUGCUGUUAGAGAAAGGAAAGUGCAAUCCAAAUUUGUUGAAUGGACAACUCAGCUCUCCUCUUCAUUUUGCUGCUGGUGGUGGUCAUGCUGAUAUUGUUCAGAUUCUCCUAAACCAUCCAGAAAUUGACAGGCACAUCACUGAUCAACAAGGAAGAACACCACUGAAUAUCUGUGAAGAAAACAAACAAAAUGAGUGGAAAAAAACAGCUAUGUUACUUAAAGAGGCCAUUAAUAAACAAUAUGAAAAAGUACGAAUUUAUCGAAUGGAUGGUUCAUAUCGUUCUGUGGAAUUGAAAUACGGAAACAAUACUACUGUGCAGCAGAUAAUGGAAGGCAUGCGUCUUUCUCAAGACACACAGCAAUACUUCACUAUUUGGAUCUGUUCUGAAAACCUUAGUCUCCAGCUGAAGCCGUAUCAUAAGUCUCUCCAACAUGUUCAUGAUUGGCCUGAAAUACUCACUGAAUUAACAAUCGUGGAUCCUCAGAGGGAAACACCUCAGCUGUUCUUGAAAAGAGAUGUGAGACUACCUUUAGAGAUUGAAAAAAAGAUUGAAGAUCCACUGGCGAUUCUUAUCCUAUUUGAUGAGGCCAGGUACAAUUUACUGAAAGGGUUCUAUGCCUCCUCUGAUGCCAAGCUGAUCACACUUGCAAGCCUUUUGCUGCAAAUUGUCUAUGGAAAUUAUGAAAGUAAAAAGCACAAGCAGGGCUUCCUAAAUGAAGAAAACUUGAAAUCUAUAGUACCAAUCACCAAAUUAAAGAGCAAGGCACCUCACUGGACAAAUCGAAUUCUUCAUGAAUAUAAGAGUCUCAGUACUAGCGAGGGUGUGAGUAAAGAAAUGCAUCAUCUGCAACGCAUGUUUUUGCAAAACUGCUGGGAGAUUCCUACAUAUGGAGCUGCUUUUUUCACAGGACAAGUAUUCACAAAGGCAAGCUCAAGCAAUCAUAAAGUCAUCAGAGUUUAUGUAGGCAUAAAUGUCAAAGGGCUCCACCUUCUAAAUAUGGAAACAAAGGCUUUGCUCAUAAGUUUAAAAUACGGUUGCUUUAUGUGGCAGUUGGGAGAUGGCGAUACCUGUUUUCAAAUACAUAGUCUGGAAAAUAAAAUGAGCUUUAUAGUUCACACCAAGCAGGCAGGUCUUGUCAUAAAACUUCUGAUGAAGCUAAGCAGUCAGCUGAUACCUGAGAGAAGUGAUUAAAUUAAAUGGGGAGCAGUUGCAUUCAAAUGUUCCAGUUUGAUUAAUUGAACAGGAUAAAAGACAUUGCCUGAUGGAGGUCAUACAAAAAUGCCAUGUUCAUUUGUAAAUUUAUGUUGUACAGCACUAUUGUAAUAUAAUCAUUUAAAGUACUUGGUUUGUAAAGCUAUAAGAAUAAUAUUUGUGCAUGUAAUUAACAGAAAUUCAGGAAAUAAAAUCAAGGCUAUAAUUCUAGGUACAGACAUGUUGACUAGGGAAUUCUGGGAGUUGAAGUGCAGAUAUCUUAAAGAUGUGAAGCUUGAGAAACACUGCACUAAGAAAUUAAAGAAUAAACAACAUACCUGAGUAAACAUGUUUUAAAUGGGUUUAACUCUGUUCUGUGUUAUUACGAAUAUGUUCUAUUUCUAGAUUGCACAAUAAACUGCAGGUUUCACUCUAUAACAGUAAUGGAGCACUUAUGACACAUGUCAAAGGUCAUAUGUCACAAUGUUUUGGAUGACACUCCAGUGUUCACCAACAUCAACAACUAUUCUCAAAAGCAUAAUUUUUGGAGGCUGUAGAGACAGAGAGAAUGGGGUGUGCUCUUAUGCAACUUCCAAAGCCAUUAGAUGUCAUGUGAAAGGGCUGUGCUCUUGUGUGGGCUUUAGAGCAAAGAUGGGCAAUUAAUUUUCCCAAGAGACCACAGGAGAAACAGGGACUGUUUCACCCCUCUCAGGGACCAAACAGGGAUAAUCAAAGGGCAGGUGGCUUGCAGGCUGUAAAAUGCCCAGUUCUGCUUUAGAGUCUCCAAACAUCGCAUAAAAAUGGGGUUUAGAGAAUGGUUUCAUUUGGUUUUCGGAGUCUGCAGAGGCAUGGAAAAGCAUUCUACAAAGCUGCUUCAAGAAUGAAGGCCUUAUGCAACCUAGAGCAACCUUGGGUAGGUGCACAGGGGCCUAUCAAGAAAAAAGUAUACUGCCUGAAGAUAAGAGCACAUGGCAGAUUCUGGGGACCUCUGGGCUAUGGGGACAAUCGCACUGCUCCCCAAGGCUCACGUUUCUUGAAGAACAGGAUUAGGCAGGCUUUAUGAGUGGCACCUAUGGCACUAUUGCUGAAAUCAAAGCCGGGGCCUCUAUUUCAGGCCCAGUCUUGGUGCUGCUGCUGAGUGCCACUGUUCAGAGUGGCCUAGAUGCGUCAGGAGAGAGGAAGACAAUUGUAUCUCUUUUAUUCGGUGUGUGUGACAUACAAGUAGAGUCAGGUUAGGCAUUUUUCUGAGUUUUUGACACAUUGAGCCCAAAAGGUUGCCAUCACUGCUCUAGGAAAACCUCAAGGCACCGGCAAUUCAAUAUAAAUCUCAGAAUUUAAUAAAUCCUUCAAAAUCAUAACAUUUAAUGUGACAAUAUACAGUGAAUGCUAAUUAUUAAAACAUCUAUGAAACAUUUGCAUGGGAUUUUUCUAAAUUCCUUCUUAUUUCUGGUGGUGUGGUUAAAAUGUUGGAUUAUGAAUGGGAGAUACAUAUUCUAAGUUGUCCACAACCAGAGAAUUUGACUGCAUAAUUUCAUUAUUUUUGUCUUAGGCUAGUCUACCUCACAGACUCUUGUUAGAAAAAAUAGGAGGGGGUGCCCUCAUUAUACCUUCCUGAGCUCCAAAAUGAAUGGUGCAACAUCCAUCUCACAUAAAUAAAUACACAGAUGCAUAAACUAUAUGUAAUUUGUGAGAUAUGGGAAUCUCUAGGGCAGCAUUAGUUCAAUGUAAUUGGCCACACAUUGGUAUCUGAAAGAUAUUACAUAUGUUGAAUAAUUUAUGGAACAUGUCAACAAGAGUUACUUUACAUACAAUUUGAAAUAUACAGUCCUUAUAUACUCUUGCUGUAUCAGAUAAUAAUUCUGUUUUUAAAUUAUGUUUAUGAAAUACAGCAUUUAAAAAUAUUUGUACAUAAACUCAAGAAAUGUUUUUUUAAAUAAAAGUGUUUGAUUAAAAUAUGAUUUGGUCAAUAUUUAGCAGUGUUCCAAUAUCUCAGGGGCUGCCACAAAGAAUAGGGAGUCAAGCUAUUUUCCAAAGCACCUGAAGGCAGGACAAGGAGCAACGAGUGGAAACUAACCAAAGAGAGA